AUGCUGGUGACCUAUUUGGAAGCCAGCCGGGACCUUUGCGAGACGAACUCAAUUCUCUUUGGCGCCGCAGUGGCAGUUUGCCGUAUUAUUGGCGCCAAACUUCCCAUGGCUGGACGCGCUACUACACAAAGUAGCGCCAUCCCAGCCUGGAGAAAAAGAAUCGAGGACCGUAUCGCAAAGGCAAGGGCCCUUAUCGGCAGACUGACAAGCUUCAGGUCGGGUAAUAAUAGACCGAGGAUUAUGCGCACCGUUAGGAUGGCGUUUGCUGGGACAAAUAUCAGUUUGUCCCAGCCGGAUAUCACGCAGAAACUAACGGAGCGCAUAGACGACCUGAAGCAAAAGAUCGCUGCUUGGGGAAGCGGAUUCGACGAUUUACCGACAGGUCAAGGCGGUUCAACCAGAAUCGUCUCUUCCAGAGUGAUCAGAAGAGGCUCUAUAAAUCAUUGGAGCGGCCAAAGGUAUGUGGAGCGGGCCAAGGACCGGAUCAGGCAGACAUUAUCGCAUUCUGGCGUGGCCUGUGGUCAGAGCCCGUAA